UGAGAAGUGGGGCAAAACUAGAUUAUUAAUAGCACCCUUGUGACGGAUCUUCAUCGCCUCUGCAGUGUGGAAUUGACUUACCCACUACCAUGCAUGCAGAUUGGUGGUUGUCGUCAGCAUGCUGUCUACUAUCUUUCUGUGGCCGAUAUUCUUGUUGGCCGUGCAGGCUGCCUUUGUUCGGAGAUGGGAAUGCAGAUCCUCGGAUCAGAUUUUGGUGGAUUCUGUCUUCCAGCAGAUGAGUUUGGAUGGUGCUUUCGAGUCGAGGGAUGGCAUAACGACGCUGGAUUUGAAGUUGACUGGAGAGUUCAUGUUUCAGUCUUGUGAUGCUCUUGAUGGAGCAGCGGCGCAAAUGCUUGUCGAUGCUAGAGUGUUGGGUCGUUCGGUAGGGUACCAGGGACGGACUAGGGGAUCGUGUGCGGAAAGUCUCUAUCAUGCUCAUUCAAGGACGGGUUUACGGCAGUAUGCAAUCUACCAGACGUCUUAUUAUCUCAACCAUACAUAUGCCUUGCACACUUUGGACACCACAAUCCGUCUUCAAUUAGAUGGUAUCGAGAUCACAUGUGCCGCUGCCCACAUCACGCCGUAUAUUGGAUCGACGGCGUCUGUUCUUCUCAAAGCCUUUCCAUUUAUAAUCAUGGUUCUAUUUGGCGCAGCCACAGGUCCGUUGAAGAUUCGUCGUACUAAUGGAAGAAGCAUGUUUCGGUAUGAGAUGGACGACGCAUCAAAUGACCCAGCGCAGUCGCAUGUUCAGGGACUUGGCGACUGCCUGCAAUACCUUCAAUUCAUCUUCCUGAGUGGCUGUCUGACGCUCUCGUAUCCCGGCUUCUAUCAAGCAAUCGUCAGCCAAUUGGCGUGGUCGUCACUUAUCUUUAAGAACUGGCCCGUUACACAUCAGUUUGCCUACCCUGGUGUCAUGAAGGGUUUUUAUGCAACCAAUUCGACCUGGGGGUUGGAGGAAAUGAGUCAGGUACUGGGUGGGACUACUAUGAGCGAUCUCUGGGUCAAUGCCAUUGUCAACCUUGCCUUGGUGAUCCUGGGAACAGCAGUGGUCAUGCAAAUUCCGUUUCUCAGCGAGUGGAUAUCUAAGAGCUUCCAAUCACGACAAGCAGCUGAAUUGUCGGACUUUCGGAAAGAAUCAAUAACCCAGUUCCAGCGGACCGGAUGGAGCGUGAUUCGAACUGUGCUCGAUCGCUUCCUCCUCCCGAUAGUCGCAUACUCCUCGUUCCAGCCACUCUUGGCAACAUGGUUUCCCGUAUAUUGGACGUUUAUGGCGGUCUCCUUUGUCAGCUUUCUCACUGUAUCACUGGGGAUCACAGUUUGGUACCUGGCAAAGAAUGGCAGACAGGGCGUCUUCUUUCGGCAUAGCUCCUUCCCUUCGCGUCAAUCAGGGGACUGGUUUGCCAGUGCGUUGUACGGUGUCCCUAUUGUAAGGGGCGUGGCUAUUGGGGGACUGCAACAGUCCGGGCUGAGCCAGAUCCUCGUUCUCAUAGCCUGUGAGGUUCUUAUAUUAGCAUGCAUGCUCUGGAAUUGCCGGUAUGGGCCGGUCUGGAGACAUACAUGCUUCUCGGCUGCCAGACUGGUGAGCAUAGCAAUGACCUGUGCAUUUAUUCCCCACGCGCAAGUGAGCGAGCGGAGCAGAGGACUCCUGGCAUAUUGUAUUCUGCUAGUGCAUGCUGGUGUUCUUCUGUUUGGGUUUCUGGGUCCUUGCCUGGUUGAUAUUGUUAGAUUUUCUCUGUGCGAGAUGGGAUUCAUCAAAUCACCUGCGGAGGGCUUUGCACAGUCAAACCGAGCACCGGUACGGAUCACUUGAUCAACUGCCGACGCAACAUGCUGACGUUCUAGGUCUUUGGGAUCGGCCAACUUUCGCAACGAUCGA